UCUCCUGGCCGGAAGUCCCCCUGGCGUCUCCUCCAGGUGGGUGCUGGGGGACGGGAGAGAGGGCUCCCAAGCACAUGUGUGCCUCCUCCCCCCUCCUCUCUCCCUCUCCCCCUCCCCUUCCUGAGGUGCUCCAACAGUCUGCCCCACUGCUCUUUAUAGCCUUAGGAAGAAGCGGCGACAGGAUGCCAGCAGCACAAGCAAGGGAGGGACAGGGGCUGGUUUUUUUCAGGCAGGGAAACUGAGGCGGGGGGGCAGGGCCCGCUCCAGGCAGGGCCAGGGGAGAAACCCAGAUCCAAAUAUUGGUGGAGCACAGCCACCAGCCUUGAAUAUUCCUGGUGCUCGGGCACCACGAGCCCAUAUAACCUGCCGCCCCUGGUUACGGGGGGUCCAGACUUGCAGCAGCCCCUAUGACCCUGCAAACACGUUUUCUGCUGUGGGUUAUUCUGAGCGCCAGCGACCCGCUGCGCUUCCUACCGAGCGGAUACUUCUCCCUGCCCCGGCUCAGGCACUGGGGGAGGGGAAACUCCCCUGGGGGGUGUCUCUCCCCGGGGGUUAGUGAUGACGGACCCAGCCCGAAGGAAGGGGACCGGGGAUCCCGCUGACCCAGUGUCACAUCACGGACUCUGAGAGCAGAGGGGUGUGAGCGGAAACCUGUGGGGGGUCAGUGAUUGUUUGGGGGUUACUGCCCGGCCGGCCAUGAGGCGGGUCCCUCCAUCCCCCAGCAGUGCCAGGCCCUUCCCCUCGGGUCACGUGUCAGGAACUCAGAUGGCGCCACAACGUUCCCCGGGGCAUGGGGGCGUUUUGUGUCUGUUCAGAUGGAAGCGGCGCCCCGGGUCUCACUGUCUCUGUCCCUUGCAGGCUGCUGGGCCGUGACGGCCCCCAAAGCAGUGCGCGGCCCCGCGGGCGGGUCGGUGGCUGUGUGGUGCCGGUACCGGGAGGGCUUUGAGGAUAAUCCGAAGUUCUGGUGCCAGAAAGGAGGUUUGGUAGCAGUCUGGAGCUGUUCCAACGGUCACAUCGUUGAGACCGACGGGUCGGAGGUGGAGGUGACGCGGGGCAGAGUCUCCAUCCGAGACAAUCGCACCCAGCGCACGUUCACCGUGACUGUGGAGAACCUGACACUGGCAGACGCCGGCACGUACCUCUGCGGGGUGGGGAAGAGGUGGGAUUUUGAUCCCACGGCCACUGUGGAACUCACCGUCUCCCCAGCUAAUUCUUCCCCAACCCCAACAGAAAGGUCAUCAUCAGCGACGUCAUCAGCGACAGUGCAACCAGCUUCUUCUUCCCCCUCAGUAUCUACUUCCCCCUGGACAACUGCUGAAGUAGGGAAAUCCAGCUUCUCCACUAACCAAGAUCCCGCUGCCUCUGAACCCCAGCUCAGCAACGUCCAUUUCUUGCUCCUGUUCCUCUGGAAAGUCCCCAUCUUUCUGUGCAUCAUCUGCCUGAACAUAUGGUAUAGGAACAACUCCAGGGAGAUGCCAGACAGACAUGGACCUUCCUAGUUUAGGAAUGGAUCAGAAGCAGAAGAAGAAAGAUUGAGCUCCCAGCUCUGUGCACAGCAGCUACUCCCACCUAGAGCCCACAUGGAUCUGUGUAAAUGAAACCCUGUAACACUCAGCCCUGCUGAAGGGUUCAGUGGAUCCAGCGCUUACUCCAGAGUGAGGAGAAAGGAGGGGAUGAGCCCCCAGGGGCACAGUUCCCCAUCAUGAACAUAGAGGAAACAUAAGGUGUCAGAGCCUAGUAGCUGGAAGGAGAGACUCAUCCCCUUCCCGCAGUUUGAGUUUGGCUCUUUGCAGCUGGGUUGCACUUUCUACAGCUCCUUUUCCAUCAUUCAUCUUCACCCCUCCAGUCUCUUCUACAGCAAGCUCCUGGGAACGACUCAAACACAAUCUCGUCUCUCAGACAUGCACACAGAGAGGUUAGCCUCAGAUUGUAUCUCGAAAGCAGGCAUCCCACUUACUGCUAACCUGUAACACACGCACCAAUGAAAUGUGUCUUGCAAUAAAGCUUUUUCCUCGUGUUCUGCAGAGAGGCUCUCCUGGAGACACCUGUCUGGCUCUCUGCCCCUCUGGCAGGCAGGGAUCUGAACCCUUAGCACUUACUGGUCAGGGCUGCCCAGAGGAGGGGGCAAGUGAGGCAAUUUGCCCCGUGCCCUGCAGGGCCCCCACGCGAAUACAGCAUUCUAUAGUAUUGCAGCUCUUUUUUAUGGAAGGGGCCCCGGAAAUUGCUUUGCCCCAGGCCCCCUGAAUCCUCUGGGCGGCCCUGUUACUGGUGUCAGAGAGAAAAAUCCCUGCUGGAAGCGGCAUGAGUGUGACAGGAGAGUCCUACCAAGAACAAGUGAGACAGAGCUGCCCAUGGGAGAGAGGGUGGGAGAACCAAAAGUUCCAAAACAGAGGUGAAGGUGAGCUGGGGCGGGCCGAUAAGACGUACCGGUAAGAAAGCCG